AUGGCUUCCAACACCCCCGCCCCCACAGCCUUUGGCUCAGUUAUCGAAUUCCAACGUCAACAACAACAACAGCUCCCCGCAGGAGGACUUCGUUCUAUAUCCCCCUUGUCCUCAGCCUCGACCCAGGGACUUCUCUGCUCCAGUACCCUCGAUUUGCAGCAGCCGCAGCAGCAACAUCAGCCGCAGCAGCCUCGGCAACUUGCCAGUUCGCCAGUUCAGGUUCCCCGUGUCGCCAGACUUGCCUCGCAGUCUACCGGGUUCCCUCAGUCUUUGUCUCAUCGGUCUAGUCCCUCCAGUCGGAAGCACCUCUUGCGUGUUCACGCUGCCUCUGUGGCUUCGAAUUCUGCGCCGAAUUCCGCCUCUUUGAAUCGCCCACCCGUCCCUUUGUUCCACAGUCCCACCCAUCUUUCGUAUUAUCAGAAUCAGCAGUUGCACCCGACACAUCACCAUCGCAUGAUGUCUACGCCCAACAUGGCUCACGAUCUUCCCGAUCUCUUUGAUUUCUCAACCGACCAAUUCGGGGCGGACUUCGACUUGUCCAUGCUCUCCCCCCAGCAGAUUCCUACCGGCAUCAUGGCGCCCAAGGAGGCCAUGGCAGAUGCCCCGCCGGGGACCAUCUCGCCGAAGGAUUUGCUCAUGGAUGCUUCCGCUCCCCCGUCUACUUCUUUCACCGACCUCAGCACGCCCUCGUUCGAUUCGCCAGGAUACUUCAGCCAAGAUACCUCCCCCAUGUUCGCAACGGACAUGGAGCUGGCUCCUGGUCAUGAGGAGUGGGAUUCUCUCUUCCCCACUCAGGAUGCCUUCCCUGCCUUGCCACUCGACUCGACGACCUUGGACGUGGCCCCCGCUGCCGCCCCCAAGCCCCAGGAGACGGAAGAGGUUCCCAUGCCUUCUCCCAAGGCCAGGUCGCCUUCCAGUGCUCCGUCGCCUUCCUCUCGCCAAGCAACUAAGCCAUCCACCGUGGCUGGUGUCAAUGCUCGUCAGCGCAAGCCCUUGCCGCCCAUCAAGUUUGACUCGUGUGACCCCGUCGCCAUGAAGCGAGCUCGUAACACUGAGGCUGCCCGAAAGUCUCGUGCUCGCAAGCUGGAGCGACAAGACGUCAUGGAGCGUCGCAUUGCCGAACUGGAAAAGUCUCUUGAGGAGGCUGAACAGCGCGAGCAGUACUGGAAGGCUAUGGCUCAAGCUCAAACCCAGGUUUAA